AUGGACAAUAAGGCACAUUACCCCUCAGAUUUCCUGGAAGCACGAAGCAACACCUUAACAGACGACGAGGUAAACCACCUGGUCGAGAAGCCGGGAUGCGCAGCCCGCUUCGUCUACGGAGUCCUCAUGCUCCCCACAGUGCUUAAGUACUUCCUGGACGUGCCCCAGACAACGGACAUCGCCAGACACAUGAUGAGCGCAACCGUGUACGGCUUCAAGCUCUACCAAUUCGGCCCUGAUAGCACACCCGUCAUGCUGCCCUCAUCGGAUCCACAGCACCGAGUCGAAGGGAUGCUCAUACUCGGACUGAAUGAAGAGCAGCGCAACAAAGUCUACGAAUACGAGAGCGGGCUUAUGAGACUGGUAGAUGUGCAGGCAUAUAUCUCCCAGCUUGACUCCUUCGAGGGUUAUGAAAUUCGCAGUGUGAGGAUUGUCGAUGCGGGAGCGUUCGUCUGGAACCAGGAGAAGGCGGACGAGGCAAUGAAUGAGCUUCCGACGACAGAUCCGGUUAUAUCGGAAUAUGUGUGCGGCUCAGCGCGCGUCGACGAUGGAUUUGGCGAGGACGUCGGCAUCGGGUGUUUAGGGCACAGCAAGCUAGUAGAACCAUCCGCCUUCUCCAUCACAAUCUAUAUCUAUAGUAUGACAUCCAAGUAA